AUGGCUCCACCAACUGUCUUGCCACCUGGGUACGAUGCAAAUGUCCGGUGCGAUUUCCAUUCUGGAGCACCAGGGCAUAAUAUAGAGAAAUGUCGGGCUUUCCAGCAUAAAGUCCAAGAUCUGAUCGAUUCCAAGACGAUCAAUUUCUCCCCUGUGCCUAACGUUGUGAAUAAUCCUAUGCCUGCGCAUGGUGCUCAUAGGGUAAACUGUGUUGAAGGGGUUGAAUCUGAAGAGCUGGUUGCCAAUGUUGAAGAGAUUCAGACUCCUUUGCUGGUAGUUAAAGACCGUCUGCUGAAUAGUGGUACUCAUCCGGGCUGUGAUAGAGACUGUUUGGGCUGUGAAGAGUCAGAGAACGGUUGUGAUCUACUGAGGGCUGGUAUCCAGGGUUUGAUGGAUCAGGGCCAUGUUCAGUUUGGUAGGGCCGAUGACAGAGAUCAAGGGGCAGUGUCUACUGUCACUAUCUUUUUCAAGCCAGCUGAAGGGCGUGCGCCUACAACCAGUGGUAAUCCAGUUACCAUCUCCACACCAGUUUCCACCAAUAUUCCUACAAACAUCGUCGCUCCGGUUAGAAGGGCCGAGGAUAACAAUGCUGUGCCUUGGAGGUAUGACAAUGCCUACCGAAGCAAUAGGAGGGCUGAGAACAGGGUCAGGCCUUCGAAUCAAGCGCCCGUGACGAUUUAUGCACCUACUAUUAAAGCUCCGGUCGUUGUGAGUCCUGCUGUGGACAACGUGGGUGGACCAGGAGGCUUUACCCGUAGUGGUAGGCUGUUUGCGCCCCAACAGUUGAGAGAUGCCAAUGCUGAGGCAUCUGUUAAAGCUAAGGGCAAACAGGCUGUUGUUGAUGAAGUUCCUGCUCAAGCGAAUGAGAUUUCUGUCAAUCAGCUUGAAGGUGUAAUUGCUAACGUGACUACCCGACACGGCGUGGGGUUCACAGAUCUUGAUUUAACACCUGAGGGGCGGAAUCACAACAAAGCCUUGCACAUCACCAUGGAGUGUAAGGGGGCUGUGCUGUCUCAUGUCCUGGUGGACACCGGUUCUUCGUUGAACGUGCUGCCGAAGCAGAUCUUAAAGAAGAUACCGGUUGAAGGGGUUGUGCUGACGCCGAGCGACCUAGUGGAGCGUGAUCCGCAAAAGUUUAUUAACCACAGACAGAAGAUUAUUGGUUUGCCUCUUCCGAAUGAGGAUUGGUUUUAG